CGACGGCAGGAACGUCAUCACGUCAGACUGACUAGCUAGCUGGCUAGAGAAAGAACGCACGUCCGCAGCACAUACUGAGAGCAAGGAAACACGAAACCUGAAUAAGGCAACAAUGAAAAGAAUGAUUUUCAGACUGGGUGGUGGGAUGCAGCGUAUGUUGCCAGCUGCCUCACGUGUGUAUGGAUGUGCCGGUUCCCGCCUAGCCUCCACCGGCGCUGCCUCCAAGCUUGCGGACCGUCAGCUCACCUCUGAGGAAGUGUAUGCCCGUGAGGACAAGUACGGUGCUCACAAUUACCAUCCUCUUCCUGUGGCUCUGGAGAGAGGAGAAGGUAUUUACCUUUGGGAUGUUGAGGGCAGGAGAUACUAUGACUUUCUGAGUGCAUACAGUGCAGUAAACCAGGGCCACUGCCACCCGAAAAUUAUCGCUGCCCUCAAUGACCAGGCCUCCAAGCUGACUCUGACAUCUCGUGCUUUCUACAACAACAUCCUGGGAGCUUACGAAGAGUUCAUUACCAAGUUGUUUGGUUACGACAAAGUUCUGCCCAUGAACACUGGUGUUGAGGGAGGAGAAACAGCUUGUAAGCUUGCUCGCAAAUGGGCUUACAAUGUGAAGGGAGUUCCAAAAAAUCAAGCCAAGAUCAUUUUCGCAAAUGGAAAUUUCUGGGGACGGACCAUGGCCGCGAUAUCAAGUUCAACAGACCCGAGCAGUUAUGAAGGAUUCGGUCCCUUCAUGCCCGGAUUUGAGCUAAUUCCCUACAAUGACAUCCCAGCUUUAGAGCAUGCUCUUCAAGAUCAGAAUGUGGCAGCCUUUAUGGUGGAGCCGAUCCAGGGGGAGGCUGGCGUGGUGGUCCCUGACGCUGGCUAUCUGACAAAAGUGCGGGAGCUGUGCACAAAACACAAUGUGCUGUUCAUUGCUGAUGAGGUGCAGACUGGGCUGGCGCGUACUGGCAGACGGCUGGCAGUGGAUCAUGAGCCCGUCCGCCCUGACAUUGUGAUCCUUGGGAAGGCCCUGUCUGGUGGAGUUUAUCCUGUAUCUGCUGUGCUUUGCGAUGAUGAAGUGAUGCUGACCAUUAAACCUGGAGAGCAUGGCUCAACGUAUGGAGGAAACCCACUGGCCUGCAAAGUUGCUGUCGCCGCUUUAGAGGUAUUGGAGGAGGAGAAACUGGCUGAGAAUGCCGAGAAGAUGGGUCAGCUGCUCCGGACAGAGUUGAUGAAACUACCCAGUGACAUUGUGACCACUGUCAGAGGAAAGGGACUCCUUAAUGCAAUUGUCAUCAAAGAAACUAAAGAUUACGAUGCCUGGAGAGUCUGCCUUCGCCUUCGUGAUAACGGCCUGUUGGCCAAACCCACGCACGGUGACAUCAUCAGAUUGGCCCCGCCCCUAGUCAUCAAAGAGGACGAGGUCCGAGAGUGUGUCGACAUCAUCCAGAGCACGAUACUGUCCUUCUAAACCAGCACACAGCUACAUGUCUACCCUAAUGGUUACUCCCAGCCUUCUACUCCCCCCACACACACUCUCAUACACACACACACACACACACACUAAACAAUCUACUAGUUACCCUCAUUGUUGUUGGCUCAAUGGCAAUUUUAAGCAUUUUAAGUGUUACACAAAGAUAAGCUUGUGAAGACUGAACAGGUCAAGGUGAACAUAAAGGUUAAGAGGUCAAUAAGAGAUUCAGAGGUCAAUAAGGAUUUAAUACUGAAAUACUGUAAAGGGGUUUACAGUACCAAGUACUGUAUGGUGGAUGGCAUAUCAAAACAACUGUAAACUGGAUUACACUUAAUGAAAAGUGUACAAUUUUCUGUACACACUGUUACAAUUAACUUUUUAAAAAGACAAAAAGGGCAUAACUUUGAGAAAUUUGAUUCGUUUCUAUUUAUAGAUAUUUUAGCUAUACUGGAUGAAAACUGUUACUCUCAGUUAAUAUUUGACCCUUGUUAUCCAGGUCACCUCAAUGGAGUAAACGAUAUACUGGCUGGCGGGGGGAGAGAAUCGCACCUUUUUCUGGCCAGGCCGUCUACAUUCAAAUACAUAUGUAUUCAUCUUCUUGAGCUUGGGUUUGUUUUGCGUUUUAGUUUUUAUGUCUAGUUGUGAAUAUCUGGCCUUCGAUAUGGUCACUUCGGCUAGUGUUAUGGUCAUUUCUAGUCUUAAAAUUAACAUUUUCCUCUUUCAGAUCUACAAUAUUUAUUUUGUGGCAAAGUUUGGGAAGAAAUUCUCAAGUAGCUUAAUGCUGCUGUUAUUUUCAAGAUGGCUCAUGCCGUGUUGUUUUGAAUAUACUGAUCCACUAGCUCUACUGAAGAAGUUUGGAGUGAAAGUUGUUUUUUGAAUGUGUAGUCCAGCUGUUCUUAACUGUAUAGAUGGAAUUUGCGGUCUGGAUUGUGGUGUUUUUUGUUCUUGGUUUUGAUAUAUCUUGUGAUAUUUGUCCUAGUGUGUUCCAUGUGCCCUUUGUUUAGCUCUCAGUUCCCUUAUGGAGUUUUCAAUGUGCUUGAUGUUACAGUGUGCUCCUCUGCCUCUGGCCAGUAUCUUUACUUUAAGUGAAGUAAAAAUUUAAGUGCCCAUCCCAUAAAAGUUUUAAAAAGUAAUUCAUUGAAAAUGUAAUUUGAGAGUAGAUACUUUUUAACUAUCUUUUCUUCCCAAAAAAACAAUGUUUCUUUUUGAACUCUUUGAUGCUGAAGAACAUGGGGAAACCAGGAAGAGACAAGAGGUUAACAAAUGUGCCUUUACACAGUACAUUAGAAAACGAAUCACAACAUGGACACCGAACAGGAGUUCAAAACCAAGAGCAGAGCACCACUACCAAGACAGAUUAAAGAUUUUAAAGUUUGAACAUUUGAAAAUGUAAUAUAGUUGAAUGUAUGUAUAUCAGUAAAAAAAAAAAUGUUGAAUUGGAAUUUACUUAAUAAAUGAUAUUCACAAGUA